GGUUUUGGAGCUUCUUAUGGGGGCGGUUUGGGAUCAUACGGCGGAAUGGGCUCUUACGGUGGGAUGGGCUCCUAUGGUGGUGCGGGCUCAUAUGGGGGGAUUGGUUCGUAUGGAAUGGGUUCAUACGGUGGGAUGAACUCAUACACUGGCAUGGGUCCGUACAGUGGCUACGGGCAGGGCAUGGGCAUGGGGCGUCUUAACCCAGACGGCACGCCCUCUCUCACACAAACCGUCGAAGCCACCACACAAAGCACAUUCACUCUCAUACAAUCUAUCGUGCAAACCUUCACUGGCGUUGCGCAGAUGCUCGAAUCCACAUUUAUGGCGACGCACUCAUCAUUCUUUGCAAUGAUAGGUGUGAUAGACCAGUUUGCAAAGCUGCGCGACGCGCUUGGCGGGGUCCUAAGCCUUUAUGGGGCCGUAAGGUGGUUAAAGGCUACGCUUACCGGUCGACCGACUGGAACGGGGGGUUUCAACCACCAUGAAUUCCGCGAAUUUAUCAACGGGAAACAGGUGCAAAAACCUACGCAGAAAGCGAGCAAAAAGCCGCUAAUUUUGUUCCUACUCGUCGUCGUGGGUAUACCAUACGCUGUUACGAAAUUAAUGAAGGUGCUACAGGAGCGCGCGGUGGCGAAUGGCGGUGCGCUUCCAGGACAGCUGCCGCCACUCGAUCCUGCAUCUCUUACAUUCGUGAGGGCGAAAUACGCCUUCAAGCCAUCAAAUCCGAACGAGCUAGAGUUGAAGGAGGACGAGAUAGUUGCGGUCAUGGGGAAGAUGGACCAACGGACUGGGGCGGAGGGUGAGUGGUGGAAAGGCAGGACGAGGGAGGGAAGGGAGGGAUGGUUCCCAAAAAAGUGGGUUGAGGUUUUGGAGAGGAGG